CUUUUUCUCUGUUUCUUGUCUCAAGGAAGUCUUUGCCUUACGGUAUUCCAGACGCCGACUUCAUCUGGACCGAACUACGACUGAUGCCUUAGUGAUGAAUGCGAUACAGCAACGGAUCUUUAAUACGGCCUUCGUUGGAGGUUAAUAUUUGAUCUCUAGUCAUCAGCUUAUACCGUUUACUUCAUCAUAAUACUACAUCAUUUUGGAACCCCUGGGGUUUUUUCCUGCCAGGAAUAAUGUCGGAUACUCCAAUAAAUGAUUGUGCCGAUGCCGAUGAUAUUUCAGUCACCUCUACCGUCGAAAGUGAGACACAAGACGAGUACGAAGUUGAGACUAUUCUUGCAGAGCAUCAAUUUGAAGAUGGUGUACGGUAUCUUGUCAAAUGGGGAAAUUAUCCCAUCGAGAGGAGUACUUGGGAGCCGAAAGAAUCUUUUUGCGAUGAACAGACCUUACUCGAUUGGGAGAAGAAGAAGCAGGAUAUUGCGGCAGGCAAACUUGAGGGAUUUGACGUGAUGUCUUGGGAAGACAAGGUGGAAGCCUUAGAAAAUGCGAGGGCGGAGAGGAAGCUCAGGCGAAGAGAGAAGCGAAUAAGACUGGGUCUUGAUUCCUCUGGUCAGGAUUUACCAUCUACCGGUGCUGUCUCAAAUGGAUCGUCUGGGUAUUCCUUUUCUAUGACAGUGGCACCUAAGACCGUCUCUAGUCAGAUUUCGCGCCCGAGCUCCAUUGACCGACCGCCUCCCCGAAACACUUCCCGGUCUUCCAUCGACCGCUCGAGGCCUCAUCCAACGGCCUCGCACCCUCAAAGCAAAGCGAAGAGUCUUGCAAAGAAAACAUCACUGUCCUUGUUUGGAUCCUCCAGGCCUGCUUCUCAGUCGAUUUUUGGAGCUCAUCCAAAACGGAGCCAUCCGACGGAUUUUGAUAGUUCAGGUCCAUCCAAGCGGCCGUACAAGCUGUCCACCCAAUGGCGCCUUGCAAAGGCAAAAGGAUAUGAGCCACCCCCGGAUAUGAGCCAGCUGGAUAUUAGACGACCAUCGGAUUGGGUCUCUAUGCCUAUGUCACCCCUCGAGCUGACUUCUCGUGACCAUAAAACCGCACCCAUGGAUAAUCACGGUGUGCCGGGUCAGUCUAGGUACACCGCCGCCCACGUGGAGCCAAAAGAUCGAUCUAACGAGGGCUUCGUUGAUGUAUCGACAUCUGCUAGAUCCCAUCAUCGACCCAGGCAGCCGUCGACGCUUCAGACUAGUUCUUCUCGGUCGAAUGGUAUGUUUUCUGGCGCGAAAACCCAGGUGAGUGAACCCACAUCGGAAAACAUCCCCAGUCCGAAAAUGGAUGUGACUCAAACCCGCAAACGGUCCUGGAACCCCGGAGAGGUUCUGGCAACGAUCUACUAUGGACCAACCAAAAUUAAUGUUGGACAAGCCAAAUUUUGCGGAAUUGGACCAUUGACGAGGGGCGGGCUCCUUCAAUCAAAGAAUUACCAGAAAGUUGAAGUCUGGUUUAAAUAUCUAUGUACAGUUGACCAGUAUCAAGCUCUUUGUUAUGAUACAACAAACCGGAAGUUUGACAAUGGGUACCUUGAAGGUUUCAAAGACACGAAACGGAAUAUAGAAAAAAUGGCCGAUGACCUUCUGCGCAGGGGCCUAAUCGGUAUCUGCUACCCCCAAUAUGAUUUUGAGAAUGUUCUUCUUGUCUACCCAGCAAAAUUGGGUGCUUUUUCCUUCUUAAACCAGGGAUUUUGUUGCCCCCGGGGAAAUGCCUCGCUUUAUAUCGCAACGAGAAGUGCAUUGCAGCCUUUCAAAAAGCUGGAACUUCUCCAAAACAUGUCUCCUGCCAUCAAUCAAUUGGAGCACUCCUCUGAUAACACCCAAGGAAGAGGAACAUCUGUUGUGGUAAAAAACAGACUUCUGGAGGCUCGGUUUGAGACAGUUGCAUCUCCGGUUGCCCAUAACCACUGGGAAGAGAAACCCGCAACAUCCGACAUGUCAACGCAUCACGAAGUACAGUCGCCCGCCGUUAUUGAAGCAAAUUCUGGCUUUGAUUUAGAUACCCUCUUCCGGGACCAGUUGUCUAUUACUUUCAAGCAAUUGGCAGCAAUUAAUGCAGAGGAAACCGUGGGAAAACUCUUCUAUGUGGUGCUUCCGUCCGAGGAAAAUACUCGGGCAGAAGGUGAAGUAGUCAUCGAAUUUCUCAAGAAGCACCGUGCUAUCGUAUUCUCCAACCGCAUUCCAGAAGACUGGGAACGUUUCACUGGUCUCAGCAAAUCGGGGAUCGUCAUGUUCCACCGCAGCUUCUGCGACUAUCACGCUCUGCCAUCGUUGACAGACCUCCUACAUAAACCAUUUAGCUUCUGGGUCUGGUCUCUAUCUACUCCCAUUGAUUAUUUCCGUCCUCCAACCUAUUUCCAGCGUAUCUUCCCUCAUGGUGGAGUGAUUUUGAUCACCGAAGAUUUUAUGGAUCAUGACCCUCAUGGAACUCGCAUGAUUCUUUCAUGGUUUUCUGACUGGAACAGAAAGAAAUUCCCUGGUAGUUGGAAGAUCAUGAUGCGACCGGAUGUGUUAAACUGGUUGCUAAGGAAGCAUGAUGCUGAGGCGAGAAACGCCGGUGGCCACUGGCUUGCCAUAUAUUAUCUGAUCAUGAAUCUUAACACGACCGGCCAUACGUCCAACAUUCUCGCCCACGACGAAGACCCAGACUGGCUCCAGGACCAGUUCGCAAAACACAGUGUCAUUUCUCCGGCGGAAGUACCUGGCUACGGCUCCAGUUCUGGCCAGGAGGACUCUGACAUUUCAAAAACCCCUGCCCAAGAACAGAGGGAUAUGGAUCUUCUAGUAGAGUUCUUUGCAGGGUGGGCGCUCGUGAACUGUCAUAGAUUUCGUCGCUUUGUUGUUGUCACAUAUAGGAACCCACUUCCGAGAUGGUCAGCUUGGAAUCACCUGGAAAUUCGACACCACCGCGAGCAGUUUUUGAAUUCCGUUAAGGCUGACCUAGAGUCGCUUUGGGAAGCUCUUGAGGGUGUUCAUAUGUCGGCCGUGCCUUCUGACCGGACAGACGAAAGGCCACAGGGGCAGCCGCACGCGAUCGCAGCUGACGCCCAAUCUGACAGCGGGCACUCACAGGACUUCCAGAGUACCAAUGGUAGUCUUGCAGAUUCAAGGCGCUAG